AUGUCGCUCUACACCUUCUUUCUACUCUGUCUCCAAGCAUUUGUUAUACAGAAUGUAUUUCAUGGUACAAAUGCAGCCAUUCUAGACCGUGGUAUUAACCAAUAUGGUAAUAUUGGUCUUAGUGCUGCAAACUUUGGCGCAACAGAAGUCAACGCUGCAACAUUUAGUGGACUUGAUUUAGCAAGAGUUGGAUUUGGAAAUACUGGAAUAAUUUCUGGUUUAGGAGCGGCUGAAAUCAAUGCUCCACCACUAACUGGACUCGAAUUAGGAAGAAUUGGUGCCAACGUUGGACUUGGUAAUGUUGGAAUUGCUGAAACCUUUGGGACCAAUGUUGGAAUUGGCAGCAUUGGAAUCGCGGAAGCAAAUGCUUUAGGACUAGAAGGAAUUAAUAAUAUUGGCAUUACCGAAGUAGGUUUUGCAAAUAGUGUAAACUUACCAGCCGGUGCAGCGUUUGGUGGUACUGGAAAUGGUGUUGUAAACAUCGGCGGUGCACUUCCAGUGUCUGGCACAACUAUUAUUAAUGGCCAGUUACCAGUUAUUGGAUUUGUAGAGUUCAGUGGUGAUAUUCCAGCAGGGGGCUUGAUUUUUGCUGCUGGAAACUGCGCAUGCAGUCCUAAAUAUGGUAUUCACUAA